AUGUCCAGUGUUACAAGCAAAGACAGCAAUGAGUUUCAGCACCCUCCUCCUCCAGUAGGCAGGGGCAAGGGUGUCUACCUUUCAGCUAUUGUAGCUGCCAUCGGUGGUUUUCUUUCUGGUUAUGACACUGGCGCUACCAGUGGUGUGCUUACCAUGGAACCGUUUGUCAACCGCUUUUUUUCUCCCGAAAACCUUGCCUAUCUUCAAGGUCUCAUGUUGGCCUUUUUCCUCAUGACGGCGGCAUUAGCAGCCUUUUGUUCUGGUCCUGUAUGCGAUCGAUUGAGUCGCAAGUACAGUGUAGUAUUGUCCGCCACAUUCUUCUGUAUUGGCAACAUGUUCAUGGUCAUUGGCUAUAACUAUGGCUUGUUCUUGGCAGGUCGUCUUGUUGCUGGUAUUGGUGCUGGUCUUAUGACAAAUGCCAUUCCUUUGUACCACUCUGAAAUCGCUCCACCAGAAAUUCGUGGUCGUUUGAUCAGCUUCUUCACCCUGAUGAGUCUCUUUGGUCAAGUCGUUGGUUACUUUAUUACCUUUGGCACCAGCCACUUGAGUACCGAUUGGUCAUGGCGUGCUCCUUACAUGAUGCAAUGUCUUUUGGCAGUGAUCUUUGGAUUGAGCAUGUUGCCUAUGCCUUACUCCCCUCGCUGGCUUGUUUAUCGUGGUCGUCAAGAAGAAGCUCUUGCAUCCUUGGUAUCAUUGCGUGACGUGGAUGCUGAGAAUCCCAUCAUCAAACAAGAAUACCAGGAAAUCGUCGACGAAUUGGAAUUCGAAAAAUCACUUGGCAAACGUAGCUACCUCGAGCUUUUUGAACGCAAGAACCGUAAACAAUUCUUCUCGGCCUUGUUUGUUGGCAUUGGAACAGCUUUCCUUGGUACCGUGGCUAUUUCCUAUUUUGCACCUCAAAUCUUCCAAGCUGCUGGUUUGUCGGAUGUAUCAUCAUCCAUUGCUGCUACAGGUGGUACUGGUUUGUUGUCAUUGGUGCUCGCUGGUGUCUCUCUUCAAUGGUUGGUGGAUUCCUUGGGCCGUCGUAUCCUCUUCAUCACUGGUGCAGGUGCCAUGGGCGUCAGCAUGUUUAUUGUGGGCGCUAUCUUUCAAGUCUACACGCAAGUGGAUCCUGUUUCAGGCGAUGUCAGCAUUACCAACACCAAUGCCACCAACACCAUUAUUGCUUUCAUCUAUCUCUUCACUGGUUUCUAUGCAUUGACUUGGGGCAUCACCACCUACGUGUAUCCAUCGGAGGUCUUCAACAUGCGUGUUCGUGCCAAGGGCAUGAGCUUGUGCUUUGGUUUCAAUUGGGGCUUCACUAUCCUAAUCACCUAUUGUAUGCCACUCUUUUUGGAACACACCGUAUCAGGCGUCUAUUUCUUUUUCGGUGCAUGCUGUAUCGUUUGUAUGGUGGGUGCCUUUUUCCUUCCAGAAACCAAAUGCAAGCCACUUGAAGAGAUGGACAGCGUCUUUGGCACCAAAUGA